AUGCCCGACCUUCAUUUUUUGCCCGAGGGCACCUGGCCCGAGAACGCCGUCCGGAAUAAUGGCCCUGACAGCCUUGUUCUGGAGCGUGCCAAACUCCGCGAACUGGCUGAAGGCUGGCCCUGCUACCGGGAUGCUUGUGAAUGGGAGAACUUUGAGUCUAUCUUUCACCCGGGCGCAUAUGUGUACACCACAUGGUCGGGCCGAGUGUCUUACUUGGACUUCAUGGCCGCCUCCAAGGCCGGCAUGGACAAGGGAGCAUUCAUCAUGCACCGAUGCCACGGAGUAACGACCGAUAUAACUCCUGAUGCUACUCGCGCUGUGACAAAAAUGAAAGCUACAAUCACGCAGCGUUUCGUAAUCGACGGAAUGGAAGUUGAUGCAGAGGCCGACUGCCGCUUUUGCUUUUUCUUUGAGAAAGUCGAUGGUCGUUGGGGCGCUCGUUUUGUGAGACAUUGGUACGAGAAGGACAAGUUGCUGCCUGUCAUCCCAAACCAAUUCCCAAAUAUCGAUGUCAAGAAACUCAAUUCUUACCCCGAAGGAUACAAGUGCUUGGCCUAUUGCCAAGAGCUCACAAUGGGAGUCACGGUUUUGAAGGAUAUGCCUGGCCAUAGGCGACAUGAGGGGACUGACUGUGGAGAGAAACAUGAUUUGUUGUACCGCCUUGCCAAGGAAUGGUUAGAUGGCGUGGAUAUUGAAGUGUAG